CAUGAGACCAGUGCCGUGAUCGGUCCAUCUAAUUCUUCAUGGAUGGCCUGACAGAGAGAUGACCCAGAGAUCACUGACGCCUAUGAAUAAUUAGGCUUCGGUAUCAAAAAACCUCCAUCCCAACUGCAUACACCGGGCUCUGAGUAUUCCACGUUACUCUUGGUAUCACGUUCUUACGUUACUUUUGGAAGCACAAUUCGUUUUUUUGCCUUCGAGUUCCUUGCAUGCUCUCGGCAACCUUUGUCAUACGGACCGGAACGUGAUGCACGUUUCCGAACUUAUUGGACUUGUUUCACAGAACCGCGCAAUUUCAGCGCAUAUUUAGAAUAUAAAGGCUUCGACCCAGCGUACAACUUGACUAUCCAGAAUACUCAGUAUGCUCUCUCAAGCCCUAGUUCGCGCUGAUAGCAUCGCUCGUCAUCUCGAGACGGUUUUCCUCUUUACGAAAGCUGAUGUCAGAACCACUCUGAUACCUGUCACCAUAUUCGCAUUAUCCGCAGCUCCCAUGCAUCACCCCACCCGCGCUUUGCAUGCCGCUUUGUGGAUAUGGUUCCAUCUAUUGCAGUUCAACAUUUCAAACCAGAUCCAGGAUCCAGAGGAGGACCGCAAGAAUAAACCCUCCCGUCCGAUACCUGCUCAUCGGAUUUCCGUGGACAGCGCAGCUGAUAUGCGCUGGGUGAUGGUCCCAGUCUGCUUGAUGCUAUCGUUGUGGUACGGAACUCAGGCUCUCCUAUCCAGCACCGUUUUUGCAGUGUUGACGAUCUGGUACAACGAACUGCACGGUGAUAAAAUGGGAUUAUCAAAGAAUGUACUCACGGCCAUCCUCUAUGGGUGCUUAGAGGUCGGAGGAACAGUUGCUGCGGGCUACCGCAACUCACAUAUCGAUAAAGCUGGUGCUUUGGCAGUCGUACUUAGCUCGACAGUUUUUGCGACUACGCUUCAUGCGCAAGACUUUAAGGAUGAAGUGGGCGAUCGCCUUACUGGCAGACGUACGCUACCCACAAUCUUCCCCAAAGCCGCGCGCUUUUCAAUGAUGCUCGGCAUUCCCCUAUGGUCGUUUGCCUUGAGCUGUAUCUGGCAGAUAGAUACACUCUCUACCGCUGCAUUUGUAACCUAUGGCGCUUUUGUGGGGAGCAGGUUUGUGAUGUACAACACGGUGGGCGCCGAUAAACAGUCCUGCAAAUUUUACAGCUUGUGGUACUCACUUGGCCAUCUACUUCCUGGUUACUGGCGUUACUUCUAUGGUGUUUGAGUAUUAGGACUCGGAGAUGAGAUUACCGGGAAACGGAGAGUUAGUGAACAUAAUGCGUAUGGUCUUGGUUUCUGGUUUGCAGUUUUGAUAUUCUACAAUAAGUAGUCAUAAGUAAUCCCAUACACUGCGUCUCGCACAGGAAGUGAUACAGGCCGGGUCACGUGACAUUACGUG